CCGCUGCGCCCCGGCGGGGGCCCUUCGCCGCCGCUGGAGCCCCCCCGGACUCGCUCCCGCUCCCGCUCGGGGUUCUUCAGCCUCCUCGCCAUGAACAGCGGCGCCACCGCCACAGCUGCCGCCGCCGCGCACUUCCAGCCGCCGCCGCCGCCGCCUGCCCCACCGCAUCUCCAUGGGCCGAGCCCGCCCGAGUUGGGCGCCCGCAGCCAAGGCAGAGGGAGCCCCGCGGGACAUGGGCACCCCCGAGCCCCUCCGGGAGUCAGGGCGCCCGCGCCAGGGGGUGUUAAUGCUUCCUUCCAGUGCCAGUUGAUCCAUCAAGACCACAUCUGUACUGAUGACAGUGACAAGAGUGAAGAUAGUCCAAGUCCCAAGAGACAGCGUCUGUCACAUUCAGUCUUUGAUUACGCAGCAGCAUCACCAGCCCCAUCACCGCCAAUGCGACCAUGGGAGAUGACAUCACAUAGGCAGCCUCCUUCAGCUCGACCAAGCCAACAUCACUUCUCAGGGGAACGAUGCAACACACCUGCACGCAACAGAAGGAGCCCUCCUGUUAGACGCCAGAGAGCAAGAAGAGAUCGAUUGUCUCGGCACAAUUCCAUAAGUCAAGAUGAAAAUUACCAUCUUCCAUAUGGACAGCAACAAGCAAUAGAAGAACCCAGAGCCUUUCACCCGCCAAAUGUCUCUCCCCGUAUGUUGCACCCGGCCGCUCAUCCACCUCAACAGAACGCAGUGAUGGUUGACAUUCAUGAACAGAUCCACCAGGGCACAGUCCCAGUUUCGUACACGGUAACCACAGUGGCACCACAUGGGAUCCCACUAUGCACGGGCCAGCACCUGCCAGCCUGCAGCACACAGCAGGUUCCGGGGUGUUCUGUGGUCUUCAGUGGACAGCAUCUCCCUGUCUGCAGUGUGCCUCCUCCAAUGCUUCAGGCAUGUUCUGUUCAACACUUACCAGUUCCGUAUGCAGCUUUCCCACCCCUUAUUUCUAGCGAUCCAUUUCUUUUGCAUCCUCCACACCUUUCCCCACACCAUGCUCCACAUCUACCACCUCCAGGCCAGUUUGUUCCCUUUCAAACACAGCAGUCGCGGUCGCCUCUUCAGAGGAUAGAAAACGAAGUAGAGUUGCUUGGAGACCAUCUUCCUGUCGGAGGUUUUACCUAUCCACCUUCAGCCCAUCCACCUACACUGCCUCCCUCAGCCCCUCUCCAGUUCUUAGCACAUGACCCAUUACACCAGGAGGUUUCCUUUGGAGUUCCUUAUCCACCCUUUAUGCCGCGAAGACUCACCGGACGCAGCCGGUAUCGAUCCCAGCAGCCAAUACCACCACCCCCUUACCAUCCCAGCCUGUUGCCAUAUGUGCUGUCCAUGCUUCCAGUGCCACCUGCGGUUGGGCCAGCCUUCAGUUUUGAGCUGGAUGUAGAAGACGGUGAAGUGGAAAACUAUGAGGCACUGCUGAACUUGGCAGAAAGACUGGGAGAGGCUAAACCAAGAGGACUGACAAAAGCGGAUAUUGAGCAACUUCCGUCUUACAGGUUCAAUCCAAAUAACCACCAGUCAGAACAGACUUUGUGUGUCGUGUGCAUGUGUGAUUUUGAGUCGAGGCAACUACUUAGAGUGUUACCAUGUAACCACGAGUUCCAUGCCAAGUGCGUUGAUAAAUGGCUUAAGGCCAAUCGUACCUGCCCUAUCUGCAGAGCCGAUGCCUCGGAAGUGCAUCGUGAUUCAGAAUGACCAGUCUCCGAGCACAAGUCUACUUUGGGUGUUCCUAUUCACGUGUGUGCGCGUUUGAGUGUGUAUAUAUAUAUAUCUCCAUAUAUAUAUAUAUAUAUACAUAUAUAUAUAUAUGAACUCUCCAUUGAACUUAACCCGUGUGGCUUCCAGCCUUCCCUUUACACAAAAGGGUCAAUGGACCUUUCUUUGCACUGUGUGAUUUAAUCAACUAUAAAGCUUAUAAUUAGUCUUCACAAUUAUGGGAUUGUUAUACUAACUGUGUGAUUGGAACUCCAAAGAUUUUUUUUUCUUUUAGCUUAAUUUCGUGUGUGCACUAACAUUCCCUGGUUUUUGUGUGAUCAUUCCGAGUGUUGCUGCGAGAUUACAGUGGAACGUGAUCUUCUAGCAUGUGCUUUUAUAUUAAAAAAGAACCGUGGUAGCUCCAAACAAUAUAGCAAUCUACCUUAUAUAGAGCCUUCAAAUACUGUGAGUGGGAAGAAACUGUGUGGAUGGUUGCGUUGAUCGCAGGGUGUCUGUGUGUGUGUGUGUGUGUGUGUGUGUGUGUGGGCAAGUAAAUGUUUGAAUGGUUGUGUGCAAGAGGACUUAUAUACCAGCAUGUACUGAGGAUGUAUGUGUGUAGUAUUAAUUAUGCUGCAAUGUAUAAUCUUGUGUGUUAUUUAAACAGUACUAGUACUGUACACUGGUUUCUUUCCUUGCGUUUGCAGUUGCACACUGAAUGCUAAGGGUGCAGCGAUUAUAGACAUUUGGUAUUUCAUCCCCCUGCCAUGCAUUUAACGGUAUAAAAGGGCCCUUUUGCUUUUAUUCAGAGAAUUAUUAUGUUUCCCAUUAAAUGGAGAUAUUAUGUCUGCCAUUAUAGAACAUAUUGACUUCUCAGUUACUAUGAAUAAUUAGCCCUGUAUUUAUAGACUGCUGAAAAUAUCCCCCUUUUUAAAAUUUGCAGUUCGUUGCUAACUUUAUAAGAAGUUGCCGCAUUUGCACGGUCGGGAAGCAAUAUUAAAAGUUUUCAGCUGGUAAUUGACAAUGUCCUCUCUUUCUUUUUAAAAUCUUCUAGCUGAUGAUAGUUCUUUUCUUUUGAACUUUGAGACAAGUUUUUACGAAAAUGUCGUUUCAGUAUUUUCCCCCCAUUGCGGUCCAUAAAGAUGAAAUUGAGAGGAACUUGGAAAGCCUUGUGCAAAUGUUUCUUGUAUUGUUGGCAACGUAACUGCUUCCGUGGGUGAUUUAGCUUAGAAACUUUGGCUCACCAACUCGGAUUUGUCAAGUGUUAAUUUAACCCACAGUUUGCCCUGGUAUGUGCCAGGAGCAUUCCACGGCCAUUUUAUAUUCAAUCUGUGAUCAGGCUAUAUGAUGCCCAAACUCAGACACUGCAGGUUAAACUUUGGUUAAAGAAGCCAGAAUUAAUCUAUAAUUAGUCAUACAGUUGGCUGUGGGUUGUUUAACCCAUGAUUAAUCUAUAGCAGGGCUGGCCAGACUUGCUCAGUGGAGGAGCAGCAUACUGUAAAUGUUAGAUGUUUGAGAGCCAAAAGCAGGCAUUUGUAGGCAGCGAGCAGCAAGCAGGUGCCCGCGGGCGGUGGCUAUAAGCAGCAAGCGGGCAUCAGCGGGUGGUGGCUGUAAGUGGCAAGCAGCUAGUGGGCACCUAGAGCAGCAGGCCACAAGCCACAAAAUAAAUUCAAAGAGCCAGCCACAUGGGGCUCCCGAGCCUCAGUUUGGCCACCCCUGACCUAUAGUAUCCAUGUUCUGACAUCACGUGGCAACCCCUAGUUGGGGGUUGCAUAUUCCAAAUGACUGUGAUACAAGCCUGGCACACAUUAUGGCAAAUGGGUCAAAUAAUCCACAAUUUGCAGCCAUUACAUGGGAACAAGCCUGGAAAGAGAGAGAGAGAGAGAGAGAACCUUCUUUUUCUUUUCAAAAACUUUCAACCUUGUGAACAAAAUCAGACUUUCAGCACUUAGGGCUAGAACAUGUGGCUUUCCUUUGCCCAGCCGUGAUACCGAUAUUUUACUUCCUGGCAAAAAUGUCACAGGAUAGUUUCCAGCCUGUGGUAUUAGCAGGCUUGUGUGCGAUGUCAAGGCAUCCUGUGUAUUGUCUGGGUAAUACGAAAAAUAUUCAAGAAUGGGCUGUUAUAUGAAAUCAAGGGGGAGCUACUAAACGAUGUGAAUCUAGAGUUGACCUCCUUUCAGCUGCCUUCUUUUGGGAAAAAUUGGCAUCCCUUAACAUUUCAGGCUUGCAUUUUUCACUCCUUUCAAUACACAGCUGUCUGUGCAUGGCUCCCAUGCAUCUCUUGGAGAAAAAACAUGUGGAUUCUUUUGCUUUUCUCCCAUGUUUUAAGAACCGUAAUUUUUGGCUGCAACAGCACAAGCCCUGCAGCUAGCAACAUGGCUGAAAUGUGUUGCUGCUUGGCUUUCAGUUCCUGCUGUGUCUUUUCUAAUGCUCUCAUAUGCUGCAGUAUGCCAAGUCUGUUUCUCCCUCCAGGACAGUGUUGGUUGUGAAUCAUUCUUCCUUUUGAAGGUUCUGCUGACCAAUUAUAGAUAGUGAUUCUGCAAAAUUAAAAAGCACAAUUCCCAUCCUGCCCCACUUACUUUCAGAUGCUGUUGACCUCUAUCCUAGCUUAGGCACCUUGGUCUGUCCACCAUGUCAAGAACUUCAGGCUAAUGAAACAGCGGAACAUAUCCUGGGUGACAGAUUUACAGGUGUUACCAUUUUCCCCUCAAUGUGCGCUAAGGAAUUGUCUCAACAUGUCAAAAGGGUUAAAUUGCACAUAGUAAAUUUUAUUUUUUUAAGCAACAACAUUGUGGAGGGAAAGCCACACAUGUUUUUACAGUACUUUGGAUCUUUUGAUAUUAAGAAAUUUUUACCUGUACAAAUCUAAACAUAAUAUUUCCCCAGUCAGUGUCCUCUGUCAAAGCAUAGCAGUCAGGCGCUUGCUUACAGUAGAGCAACAAGAAACAGGAUGCCUAAUUCUGCAACGUGGCUCCCCAGCCCUGAAUCUGGAUCCACAGCACAGGUGAGCAUCUAUCCCUUGAUACCAAGUUUCAGUUGUGCAAAACUGUCAGUGGAUGGAGACCACCAAAGAAGGGACCAGUUGUCACACUUGUGUAAUCGAUCUCUUCUCUGAACAGCUUUUGUUCGCAUGGGAUCCUUGCACAUUUAUGCUCAACCAUGAACUGCCAUGGGUUAUCCACAUUUGUGCAUCUAAUUCAGGGGUCAACUGCUUUUGCUGGCAGGCCGGUGUCAUUUCUGACCCUCUGUAGGUUUCACUCCAGAGGGCACUGGAGGGAAAAAAUCACCGUGGUCGGCUGCUGAAAUUCAUCAGCGCACCACUACAGUAUGCGAAAGGGUCACAUUUAUCUUGGAAAAAGGCUAAAUUUGAUCUUUUAAUGCGUGGUAGCACUAAAACCAUCAGUUCUCCCCCCUCGCUGCUGCCAGAUGUGGCAGUGCAAGGGCUGCACUUGCCCUGGAUGUUGCCCAGCCCUUGAGUCAACCCACAGCCCCCGUUGGUGCCCUGACAGCACUGGAUUUUGCUGGGCAGCCUUUUCCCUUCUUAUCCCUACCUCUCCCAGUAAAGGAAGGAAAAAAAAGUUGGCUUUAUCAUGUUGGCACUGCUAUGGUUUUAUUUGCAUGAACUGUCGACUUAAUUUGAGUGUCUCCUGGCCUUGAAAAAAAGGGUAUAAAGACCUUAUGGAUAUCUAAGGUCUCACUUAGUGGCUUUCUUUACAGAUUAUUUUGUGCAAAGUACUUUCUUUUGUAUAGACUUUUUUGUACAGUCUCCAGAAUGUGAUAUUUUGCCAGCUGUUAGCAUUUCCAGUUCUUGUAAUAUUUGGGAUUUACCAGCUCCUUCAUGUUGCUUUCCAAAAACUAAUCACAAACUUGGUGACUGGUAGACCGAUCUAAGAGAGCUGCAGUCCUCUCUCACCCUCUGUCCCUUUGGUACCUUCAGUUACCUCAUUUUGCUAUUUUGUGUUACAAAUUUGCUAAUGAUUAUGGAAGCUUUGGGGUUUUGUUGGAAUACUAUUUGUCAAGUGUUUCUUUCAAAUCAUACUCCAUUGUAUCAUUUAACAUGUAGUUUUAAAUGUAUUAUAUCUGUAACCAAAUCAUUUGAAGGCUUGAUAAAUUUUUAACAAAAUUUGUACAUUUUUUAUGAGAGUUACUAGUAAUGCUUUACUAAGUAGUGCAAUGAAUUUUUAUUUUUAAUCCCUGUGCCCAAUUUUGGAGUUGAGAGGGUUGUUCAGUAAUAAAUGUAUGAUGUACACUUACA